AUGAACACCUUACCUGGACAUCUCCUAGACAAGAUUCUCUUCAAGACAGAUCACAGAGCUCUGGCUAUGUUGUGUUGCACAAAUACAUCACUCCAAUCGUAUAUACAAAACUCUUCUUUUGUAUCUCAAUACAAUUCUCAGAUCAAAUCCAGUUUGCUUCAUAUCUCCACUUUUGGCUCACAUUCCCUAUCCUACCACCACCCUCACGACGGUUCUAGGUCACUGAAAACCAAAAAACUCUCAACGAUGUGUCAUAUUUUGGGAUUCUGCUCAGGCCUUCUUCUACUUUUCAUUGAUGAUCGUCUAUGCGUGGCAAACCCCCUCACCAAGAAGUUUCGGUUCUUGACUUUGUCUGAUCCUUGUCCUCAAAGACUUGUUCGUCAAGAAAAUAGAAACCAACUAGGGCUCGCGGUUAAUCAGAUUGAUCCAACCACACAGAGUUUCAACGUCGUCUAUAUAUUUGAGGUGGAAAGAACACACGAGACGAAGUAUGGUUUCGAGAUUAACGCUGGAAUGAACUCGUGGACAUGUUCAAAAACUACACUUACUUGCCACUCAAGCAAUCUCGAUGGCCGUAUGAAGAGCCCUCUUUACUUGGACGGGUCUCUUCACUGGCUAAGAAACGACGGAAGCAUCAUAUCUUUCAACCCCAAAACAGAGAAAGCACGAUUGAUACAAAUUGAAUUCCCUCAUGGACUGACUUCUAGAACACUCUUUGCACCAGGAGGUAAUAGCUUGACUUUGGUAUCAUUGAUGGACGAAUUCAUUUACGUUUAUGAACUCAAGGACAUUCUCGUUGAUCCAAAGUGGGUCCUCGUGAAGCAGAUCAAGAACGGAUUGAUCGACAAGAAUAGAGUUAAUAACUGGUACAUAGAUGCUUACAACGGAAAGUGUUUAGUGUUACGAAGUGUUUAUGAUGGAGUAGUUCAUGUGUAUGACUUGAGUGCUGACAAGUGGGUCAUCAUGGGUUCGGUUCAAGGGUGGUGCGAUGCAAAUCAGGAUUUUUAUCUGUUCACACCGUCCUCGUCUUUUGUGGUAAGACUUGAUGAGAUAGUGAAUUGUGGUGAUAGAAGCAUCUCCUCUCUAAGAUCGAUUAUGACACUGAUUGAUGGAAGCUCACCAGAAAAUCAACUUAAGAAAACGUCGGUUGAAGGAAAAGAAGAUGAGAGGAUAUUACUAUUGGAAAUGUUAUUGCAUGAGCAAAAUACUAACAAAAAAAGAAGAGUGGUGUAG